AUGCCCUUAGAGAAUCCCGAUGGCGAAUUCGUUUGGAAUGAAUUUUUGUCGAAACCUUUCAAAGAUAUUGGACUGGCGCAUCAUUGUGUCAUUCUGCUGCAGGUAUUUUGUCCUUUUUCUUCUGCAACUUUAUUGUAUAUAUAUAUAUAUAUAUAUAUAUAUACUUUUUUUUAGUGAACAAAGAAUAAGCUUUUGUGCAAUAUCCUUGAAUAUAGUAGUUUCUGUGGGUCAUAACCUGUACAGAUAGAUAUCCGUUAGAAGGCACUUGUCAGAUAUUUAGAUCUUUGUCUUUGGGUAACGUUAUACUAACCCAGUAAGACGAAUUAACUCGUAGAGUUUGGAUAGUUUUUUGUACUUCCUAAAUCCUGAUCUACAUAAGGUUUGGCUCAGUGAGAGUUACAUGAAUCAGUGUGGGACUGGUUGAACUCAGAAAGUUCAUGGAGCUAUGUGUUGAAAGAUUUUUCUUUUUCAAAUUUUCAAUUUCCCAAUUUCUUGUCCCUCCUUCAAUUUCCCAAUUUCUUGUUUUCCAUGGACAUGGAUGUCUUUAUUGUGUAAACCCAAGCGAUUUUAGACGAGUGAUCCUUUUGGUGGCUCAAAUGAUUUGUGUGGCUAAUGUUGUGUUAAUUCGUUUGCAUGAGCAAUAUUCGAAACAUUUUAUAAAAUUUAUAUGAUCUUAAAAUAAGUAAGAUAAAAAGAAAAUAUACUAGCAUGGACUAUGAACUCUCUAAACAUCUCUUAUACAUCAGUUGUGUCUUACACCAACCUGGUGUAAGGUAGAAAUAAAGCUAAAAAAACCCAAAAUAAUAGAACCGCUUGCUUCCUCUGUUACAAAAACCUCGGCCACAUUUUUAUCUUGUCAAAAUCCACAAUGCUUGUUUCUCUCUGUUCAAAUAGUCUUUAGGGAGGCAUGGAAAAGAGGCCACAAGCGACGAAAUUCUUUGAUCGACCCUCCCCAUCCAAUGUUGGCUAUAUCAUGGCCGACGUGAUCAAUAAAAUGUUUGUAUGACCACUAUAUACCUAAUUGUGGCAUAAAAAUCGCCAAAUAUUUUUAGAGGAGAAUCUAGGUAGCAUGUGUUCUAAAUUUCUUCCUCCUACCUCAUCAUCUUCUUCGCUAUCCUUCUCCCUCCUUCCCCCACAACCUCAGCGAAAAGGAAAAGUUGAAAAACUUGCCAAUUACUGAAUAUAGAUCAUCUGGUUAAAAUGCCAUCCAAGUUAUCCAGUUUGGUGACGAUUGUGCAAAUUACACAGUUUCCAUACCGAUGCUCGUCCACUAUUCAGGGGUGACAUCUGCUGGAGGCUGGCUUCUACUGGUGCCCCUCAUAUAUGAAGGUUCGGUUCAAAUGAUUUCAUAAGGAACCAAUGCAUUGGUCGGCAUACGGGAGUGUUCAAUCCAUGGUUCUCAGAAAAAGGCAUUAAACUCUUUUAUGUUGACGGGGGAAUGCAAUCCCCAGAAAACUGAAAAGAAAUCUGCAGCUUUCCGGAAGUUGGCCAAUCAUUCCUUGAUUGGCUAGUUCCUGAGUGGAUCUUUGGCCAGAUGAGAACAGUGAAGAGAAGCUCAUAACACACAAGCAUAGAGCGGAAGGAGGAAAGAAACAAAAGUUCUCUGCCACCUGCCGCUUUGUAUUUGCCAUUGCUAGUUACUGUCAGGUACCCAGCCUCCCAUUGAAUCAGGGGUAGUUUGGGUGAUAUGGUGUACCGCUGGGAUUAUUGGAAAUUAAUUUGUGAAAAAGUCCAACACUAAAUUUUUCUGCUUACUGUAACCUUGUAACUAAAAAAAACAACCAUCACGUUUUAAAUUGAGCCUUUCCCUCGGAUUUGGUGGUCCAAUCUGAUUGGGAUCUUCAUGGGACUAAUGUCUUUAUUGACUAAGACCUCUGAAUAUUAUUAGGUACACACUACUGUAAAUGUGACCUUUUUAUUGCAUAGUUUUUUUUUUAAUUUGGAUUUUUUUAUCUUUUUCUAAUCUUACUCCAGAUUUUGAUUUAGAGCAGAUCAUCCCCAGUACACAUAUGAUAAAUUAUAAACAAUAUAUAUAUAUAUAUUAAUGUAGACACGUAGGCAACCAGGAAAAAAUACCAAAACCCAGGGUCUCUUGGGAUUUAUACAUGUACACACGUAGGAAUAAAUAAACUAUCCCCAAACCAGUGCCCCAAUUUGAUUCAAAAGUCUGAGGGUGUAGAUUUCAUUGUCCUCACAACAUUGACUGACCUGAUCCAUUUGCAUGGCAUUAGAGUCUAUUAAUUGUAUUCCUAUGGUAUGUACCCAUCUUGACUGCUAUGAUUGAGCCUAAACUAGUUUGGGUGCUGGUGAGGCUCAUGCUGAUUAGGUGUCUGAACUUGGGCAGUAUCCAAAACUUGAUUUUAUUCCAUGACUAGAUAGUGCUACUUGUAUGUUUGGAUGGCAAGCUUUUGCAUCAUAACCUAGAGUCAAGUGUAUUGUAUGGUGUACACAUUUGAUGACAUGGAAAAUUAAUCAAGGAUGAAGCAAUCAAAUAUCAUUUUUAAGAAACAUAGGCCUGCCUGCCAAAAAUCUCAUCUGGGGCCUUGAAAUGCUUGGUUGCUUGUUAGAUGGCAAUUGAUAUCUGAUACAAUGGCCGUGUAGCUUCGACAAUUCUCUGCCUGACAAUUGGUUACUGAUCUAUACUUUCUAUCUUUAAGGACAUCGGAUGUUAUGCAGGGUUUCAAGGCUAAUCUUGGUUUUGUAUGAGUAUAUUGUGUUAUAUGUGUGUUUUCCGUUUUUGUUGAAGUUCUAGGUGUUCUAGUCCUUAAAAAUUUUAGUGGAGCUCAUGUCUUUGCAUUGACCUUCCAUUUUAGUGGAGUAUUAUUCUUUACUCACAAUACGAUGCCUUUCUGUGUUUUCUUUCUUCCUUGUAUAAUUAGUAUGUAUAGGGCUUUGCAGAGUGCAGAAGUUUCGGUGGAACAGUUCAAUUUGAAGAGAUGGUGGCACUGACCGCACGGAGAAGCAGGCUUCAUCCAGGAACUCGGUACCUUGCUCGAGGCCUGAAUGCAUGCUUCAGCGCAGGUCAUAGAUCUGUUCUCAACUAAUGUUUUGACAAAUACGGUGAAUAUGGUUAUGGAAUAACCAUAUUAUUUUCAAUUACUUCCUCGCCUAGUUAAACCUGUAACUUCAAAUUAGCUGCUGUAUAUUAGAAUUCCCAGUGCUAAUCAUCAUUGAUGUGGGCUCUCUGGUUGUCAGUUUCAUUCGUCAAUUAUUUCUCAAUGGAUUUUUAAUUACAUGACUGGGAAUCUUCCUUUCAUCGGUGGCCAAAAGCCCAAGUAUUCACCGAACUCAUUCCGAGUUUCAAUCGAACUGCUGGCACCCGUUUUUCCAAGCUCUUGCUCUUAGGGCAGAUAGAUGGUCAGCUUAGCUAUGAAUUUGACAUGACACGGUCCCUCUGAAGAGUAUGAUGUUUGGCUUUUUUCUGUUUAAUAGAGGCAAGAACUUGUUUGGAUGGUCUUAACAUGAGAUGAUUGUGGUUGUACUGUUGGAAGCCCAAAACACCACCAAAAUGAUUAUUCUCAGUGGACAACUUUGUUUGGCGUCAAACUGAGAACCUUGGUUGUAUUCCCUUAUAUGAAUGUCCUCAUGUUUUCGUUUUCUGGCUAUUCUUUACAAGAUUAGUUUACUAUUAAAUAGAAUUAUCCUGGCGAUAUGUGCCUAGAUGUAUUGAUACAGAUGACUUCCAGCUAACUAAUAGCUCGUGGUCUUAGAGUACUGAUAUGUUCGCUUUUAAAUUCUUGAUGGUUCUAGUAUACCAUUAGGAGUGGGGUGCACUUGUUAUGAGACAGGCCUCGCUCUUGACCGGAAGGAAUGUGAAGGAUGAAUCAUGUUAUGAUCUAUUAACAUGGGACAUGGUGAACAGCAGGCUACUUAAAAAAUAUAAAGUUAACAUUUAGUAAUAUCAAUAAAAAAUCUGAUGCAUGGCCAUCAUUUAUUAUUCUGUUAUACACGAAUUAUAGCUUUAUUACUUAGUUGUAUGCAUUCAAGAUGUGGGUGGUCUUGACUUCUAGCGGCUGUCUUCCUUUUUAAAAUUUUCACUAGAAUUAUUAUUUUAUGUCCAUUUAUUUUUUAGUUAUCUCCAUGGGGACAACUACAUUGUAGACCCGUGGUACCCAUGGUCGAUGUUCUUAUCCUGUUGUUUGGGUUACCUCAAUGAUUUUAAGUUUCCAUCUGGGGAAAUCUUCUAUUGUGAUGCGGCAUGCUAGGAAUAACUAGUUUAUCAUGAUUAGCAUUUUGUUGAAAUUACGUAAUGAAUUUCAACAGGAAAUGAAGUGGAGUGUGAGCAGUUAGUGUGGAUCUCUGAUGGAACUGGGAAAAAUAUUCCUUUUAGCUCUUACAUCUGGAGACGAGGUACUGUUCCAAUAUGGUGGGGUGCUGAGAUAAAACUCACUGCAGCAGAGGCUGAAAUAUACGUGUCAUCCCAAGAUCCUUACCGAGGAAGUGUGAAGUAUUAUGAGAGAUUAAGCAAAAGAUAUGAUAAACAGAAUUCAGAUUUAGCCACGUUUAAGGGGAAAAAAGAAACUCUGGUCCCUAUUGUAUGCGUAAAUUUGCUUAGAAACGAGGAAGGAAAAUCAGAAACCCGCCUAGUUGAACACUUUUCCGAGUCUUUGAAUUACAUUAAAUCAAGUGGAAAACUCUCUGACACUCAGUUACAUUUAAUCAACUUUGACUGGCAUGCUAGUGUGAGGUUGAAAGGGGAGCAGCAGACAAUUGAAACUUUUUGGAAAUAUCUCAAAUCGCCAACAAUUGGUGUUGGUUUCUGUGAAGGCACAUAUUCCCCUUUGCCGCCGCAACUCAGAAAGUGCAAAGGGGCUGUUGUGCAUGUUAGUGACGUUGAAGGUGGUUUCUGCUUGAGAACACUUCAAAACGGGGUAAUACGCUUCAAUUGUGCAGAUUCUUUAGACAGAACAAAUGCUGCUAGUUAUUUUGGAUGCCUUCAAGUUUUUGCUGAACAAUGUAAACGAUUAAGGAUUUCUCUUGAUGAGGAUGUGAUGUCUGAUUUCCUGACAAAUCGACAUAAAGAGUCAGGUUCUUAUGCACGGUAUACUGGUUCUUUACCCCCAGGAUGGGAGGAACGUUCUGAUGCUGUGACAGGGAAGCCCUUCUAUAUUGAUCACAACACGAGGACCACUACUUGGGAGCACCCUUGUCCUGACAAGCCCUGGAAAAGAUUUGAUAUGACAUUUGAUCAGUUCAAGAAUUCAACAAAAUUGUAUCCAAUAACUCAGUUGGCUGAGCUUUUCCUCCUAGCUGGUGAUAUUCACGCAACACUUUACACUGGAUCGAAAGCCACACACAAUCAGAUACUUAAUAUAUUUAAUGAUGACAGUGGAAAGUUUAAGCAGUUUGCUGCUGCACAGCAUGUGAGGAUUACACUUCAGAGAAGAUACAAAAAUGUGGUUGUUGAUAGUUCACGUCAAAAGCAGUGGGAAAUGUUCCUCGGAAUAAGGAUGUUUAAGCAUCUCCCAUCAGUCGCCGUUCAUCCCUUGCAGGUAGACAUUAGUACUCUGAUUUUUUUUUCUUUUCUGUCUACUGCAAUAAAUCAUUAAGCAUGCCAAAAUCCUCUUAAGCGAAAGUGGCAUGUGCCGAAGGAUUCUUCUAAAGUUAUGAGCAGCAUCUACUUUACAUUCCAUGGAAAUUUUAUCACGUGCUAAUUUAGCCUAGUGACAUUCAUGAGAAAAUUAUACACACAAAAGGUGAAAAAUAAAUAUUCCUUCUUUGUGAAGCAUCAUAAAGUACUCUGUCUGAUUAGAACCAUAUUAGGUUUUCUUUGUGCUGAGAAACAAAAAUUCGCCCUUAGACAGGCCUAUUCUCAUAUCUUUUGUUUGGUGUGUAUACGUCCCUUGGAAUUGAUUUUUAAAGUCUAGUGCCAAUAAAUUUUAUGUUUAGUCAAUGGUUUAACACCGCCCAUAGCUUCUAAGCGCAUGCUAAAAUAAUUGUAAUUAGAUCAUUCGUUCUUUAUUUUUAUUUGGUGAGAGACUAUCUGAGACAAUGGUAACAAAUAAUUUGCUUUAAUUAAAGGUUAUUUAUUUAUUCUUCAUGAUGAAUCCAUCGAGAAUGACAUCCUUUCAUUGGAUGGCAGUUGAUACGGCAGGAUAUUUAAUUAAUUUAGUUGACAAGUUAGCCUCUGUCAGUUAGUGCAGUUGGUAUUCUGAUCCUAGUGGACUCUAUUUGAGUCCCAGUUCUUUCAUUCCAAACCUCCAAGGCAUUCGUAACCUGCCAUUGCUGCCUCACCAUUGUGCAACAUUGUCUUCUUAUAUGUAAGGGGGUUCUAAAAGGUACACUCAUAAGUAUCUGUAGUGUCACUGGUGUCUCAUCCUCAGUGACCAUAAUACACAGUGGGAGAUAUCCAAACUGUUACUUUUUAGGGGAGACACUAGAAAGAAGUUGGCUCAUAUAACCAAGACCUUGGCGUUAGGAUGAUGAACCAUCAUUUUCCCCAUAAUACUCAUAAAUAAGUCCAUUGUUGCCAAUAUUGAUGUAGAAAUUGUAAUAUUUAAGCUAAUGGAAUGCUGAAUUUCUUUUCUGUUCAUUGAUAGGUAUUAUCAAGGCCACCUUCAUGUUUUCUAAAACCACUAGGUAGCAUGUUUCCGAGUUUGAAGGGUGAACCGAAUCUUCUUAGUUUCAAGAGGAAAGGCGCAACAUGGGUAAAGCUCUAUCACUUUUCUCUGCUUAAUUUUUUGAUCUCGUUCUGUCUUGGUUUCCACUUUACUCUUCUCCAAUUGAGAAUUUAGGUCUAACAUAUACCAGUUUGGCUGGCUGUUCACGCAUGCAUAUGGUCUGCUCAAGAGAACGUCAGUAAGAGAGUUCCAAAAUUUCCAAAAAGGAAUGGAGUUUCAGUUUUAUUGUGUGGUUGCCUAAAAUGGAAAUGGAGGGUGACUGGACAACCCAUUUCUCCUAGAAAUUUUACUGACAACAGUUAGGUUCCCUUAUCAUUAGAAAAAUAGAGACUCUUGAUAGCAUUUCUUGUUUCGGUUUCAGGUAUCCUCUACACCUGCGGAUGUUCUGGAACUUUUCAUUUAUCUGGAAGAGCCCUGCCACGUUUCUCAGAUUCUUGUCACAGUUUCGCAUGGUGGUGAUGAUUGUUCAUUUCCAGGAACGAUGGAUGUGAGGACAGGGUGCAAUUUAGAUACACUUAAGCCUGUCCUUGAGGUAACUCCCACUUUGAAUUUCUUACCAUGUAUUCUUCUUUUCUCUUGAUAUAUAAAAUUAGCAAGACAUCAGCUAUGAAUUUUUCGUUUGUAAAAUGGUCAAUGGAUAUUCUCUGUCAUUUUAUAUUUUCCUGUCAGAUUGGUAAAUUGUUUGUCGGGAUCAGAAUGCUCUUCUAUUACACGUGCUUAAUGUUAGUUGCCCGUACAUUAUGUUCCUACUGCAUAUGCUAGUAAAAUGUAUCAUUUUGAUUUUUAUACAUGUUUUAUCAUCUCAAGCCCUUUUCUGUGUUGGCUUGAUUAUAUUUCACAGCGAAUGACAUACACGAUGCUGUCAUCAGUCAUUCUUUUCCGUGGUACUAUUGUUCUUCCUAAAGAUGGAUGAUGGAAAUAAAGUUUAUAUUUGUUUAGGCUAUACAAAAUGAGUUGAAGUAUUUUUGGUAUAAAACCUGUAUUUGUUCGUCCGAUUGAUUCCAUGUUUGUAAAUUUUGUUACUGUUUGAUGUACGUCAUGAGACAGGACAAUUUCUUAAGUGCCCUUGUUUUAGUACAAAGCAGUCAAUGGCUAAUUAUCCACCUGAGGUUGAACUAUUGCGCAGGUUAACUAAAUCCAACCAAAUUUCAAGCGUUUGAAGGCUCAUUAAAGCUAAUUAAAAUUCAUAGUGUGUAUUUUACAUGUAUAUAAUACGAAAUAGUGGAAUGGCUGAACAGGAUUACGUACGUGUUGACAAUAGAUGUUGUUGUUGUGAAGUCCACUGUCUAUAAAAUUAAAUAUUGAAUUUCCUAUUCAUUCAUUUAAACCUAAAUUGAACCAUGUGACACUAAACGAGCAUAUAAAUGAAAACACUGAAAUUCCUUGUUUCUAUUUAUAUCUGACAAACUACAAAGUUGGGAUUAAAAUUUUGAAAUUGAUAAGGUAUAUUGAGUUGAAUAUGACGUUAAAAGGUGUAAAUUUCCUCCUUGCAUCUCAAUUUAUGUUUCCACUUUUUGAUUCAAAGAUGCAGGAAUACUCUACUGACGUUAUCAAAUUCCAAAGUACUUUAGUCUCAGGCAAACUGUGAAAGAUUCUGUCCCUUCUUGUACAAAUAAAUAGAUGUGAGGAACCAGUAAACUUCGUACAUUUAAACUCAAAAGCAAACCAUAACUAAAUACUUAUGGUUUACAUUGGGGCGAGUAAUUUUGACGUGAUACCUUGGUUCUUUUUUAUUUGAAAUCAAUCAUGAGAAAACUUUGAAGAGCAUUACUUGUUUUACUGAGCCAAAGCAGGUGAGAAACAUAUUUAAUUAAGGCACAUUAAAGUCUUAAUUUCUUAAUUAUUAGGCAACGUAGUGUAUAUUGGAAGUCAUGAUAUGCAAGUAUCCACUUUCUAAAUUGGAAGCUUAUGUCAAACUAAUUUUAUUCAAUGAUAUUCUUUAACAAGUUACGGACAAAUUUAAAAUGAAAAAAAUUGAUUUGUGAAGCAGUUACCAUUUUAAAAUAUCCCGAUAAAACGAUUAGUAUCGUUAAUAUCGUAUUUACCCAACAACUUUUAGAUCGUGCAUCAAAUGACCGAUCUCUCAGAAAGAAGCAUUUUUCAUGCAUGUAUGGGUAAGUUCGUAGUUCUAAUUCACAAUUUUUCUAUUGAUGACUUAUGUGAUCUCAGAGUAGAUUUUUGGAGUUGACUCCUAACAUGACGGUAAAGGUCGCAAACAAGUUUGCCAAGGUUCUAAUAUGACUGAGGCCAGCACCUCUUUGACCUGCUCACCAUGUGACCCCAAUGCCUUGCCCUCCUACAGUGCCUUGUUGCGUAAGAUAUUCCUUGAUAACCAUUGUGGUAGACAUCUUUAUAGAUUAGAAAUGGCCAGAAGGUAACCUUACUCCUCAGCAUUAAUGCGAAGGAUGCUCCUUCCACGCAUAUGUUGAUGAUGGGAUAAGACAGUAGGGGGUUUAUUUGAUGGCAAUCAGUUUCUUCUCCUUCCAUUGCUUAAGACCUUACUGCUCUAUGGCAAGGAACUGUGUACUUGUAUGGCUCUGUGAGGUGGGCAGGAACAGAUGAAAUCCAUCUCCAGCGUAAAUCCUUUUCUUCAGAAAGUUAUGGUGAUAAACGAAGAUUUUGUGACUGCCAAAGCUGUAAUCCGUUUUUUUCUUCAAGCUCUAAUUUUGGCAGAUUUCCAGAGGAAGACAAUCUGAAUCGCUUAAUCCGGAAGUUAUUUGUUGAAGGAUUUAUUUGGGUGAAGGCAGAUUAUUGGAAGAUCUUGCCUUACAUGAGGCUGAAAGAUAUAGCGAAAACAGGCUUUUGUAAAACUGACAAUAGGGUGAUAGCAUUUUUCCUGCAAAUAUAGAAGUUGUCACGAGGCAAUGGAAGAGAAGUGGUGCCAAGAAUGGAAAAGGAAUUGUUAUUGCAAGCCGUAUAGCCAGUCAAUCAGUUUCAUGAAAGUGACGUGUUGGAGUUUAAUACAAGAGUGAGUGUAUGAUAAUUAAGUCAAUAUUAGGUGCUCUUCGAAAAAUAUUAACAAGAGACAUGCCCCACGUGGACAGGAGAAGAAGAAGAGGUAAGGAGAGGAGAAUUGGAGGAAGAACAAGAGAAAAGGAAAUCUAAAUGUGCUGCCGCUUGGGCUGAGGUGGGGGGAAAACUUAAUUAAAGAUUAAAGAGUGAUUUUAUUGGUCAAAACUCUACUGUAUUUUUAUUCUAUUAACGUAUUUAUAUGAGCAUGUAAAAAAGUUUUAGAUUCUUUCAUGAAUCAAGCCCUUCAGAGUAACUUUUCCUUCAGCUUUUGGCUGUGAUUUCAGAAUGUUAUUAUGGGGAGCGUAGUUCAAUAAGAACAUAUGGCAAAUCAAAUGCACGAGUUCUAUGUUUUUUGUUCUUAAUGUUGUCCUUUUGAGAUUGCGGGCAGUAGGACUGAUCAGAUUGACGAAUUGACAUUUGAUGUCCAUUAUGACAUCAAUAACAUGUAACUUCAGAUUUCUUUUUGAGCAACUCCGUGAAUUCUGUGCAUCAGUGUAUUAUUUACCUUUUGGUUUCUUUCUUCAUGUAGGGGGCCUAUCUACCACGGUGUUCAAAUGGAACCAACCUCCUCAUACCUUUGGCUGGUCCAAUGACUCCUGAGGAUUUGGCUGUUACUGGUAGCUGUACUCGUCUUGGCGCCCAAGAAAAUUCCUAUCAUCCUUUGUUGUAUAAUUUUGAAGAACCAGAGGGAGAUUUGAACUUUCUUACCCGCAUUGUUGCUCUUACUUUUUAUCCAGCAAUCAUUGGAAGAUCCCCUGUUACCCUUGGUCAGGUAAAAAAUUAGUUUUAUCAAAAUUUUCCCAACUUUAAAUGUACAAUAGGGCCACUUUAUCAAUAAUCUAAUAGUUUUUUAUUCAUGAAUUAAACUCAUCUAGGUUUACUCGUGCAUUGGUGAAACCAGUUUGGUGUAUCUUAUUGGCAUGGACAUAAGCAGAAUUAACGGAAGAUAGAGGCAUGCAUAUUACUUGAUCAAGUGAGGGUCAUUGAUGCCACUAUCAGAUUGUAAAUAUCUUAUUGGCAUGGCCACUUUUUCAUAGUGACCAGUGACUUAUGGCUAAUAUUGAAUUUAGCCCACAAACGGUUUAACUCAAAAACCAUUAACUGGUUAGCUUGGUCAAGAUUUUUAAAAACAGAAUGUACAUCACUGGUGCUUUUGACGAGUUUAGUCGCCAGUUAGUAGUGACGUCAGUGACCAUUUAUUAAACUAAAAAUAUAACAAAAAAGGAUUGGCACCACAGUAUGGAAUACAAUCCUCUUCCAAUUACCUAGCAAACGUCAUUAGAGAGUGCGCCUGGAGAACUCAAGGCUCCUAUUCACAGACUUCAUAUGUUUGUGAGUGACGUGAUUCCUGAUCUUAUUCUAUCCUGCUGUACUUUGGUGUAGCUACUUUUGCCCAAGAAUUGACAUGAAGCCUACCAACUGUCCACAGCCUUCUGCCGAUUGUGGCGGGUCCAUGAUACGUCCCAAUAUUUGUCCUACCAAACCUAUCCCCUCCCACAUUAAAAGAUAUACUAGAACGUGGGAUCCUUUCCAAAAUCCUCCUCAAUUUUUGCUUCAGAAAUCACUGUCCACAGGUUGGCUUUGUUUGUUGUCAUUUACAUCUUGACUUUGUUUGUUGUUAUAUAUAUUUUUCUGGAACAACAUUUUCUAUUGUUUUUUAGUCAUGAAUACACUCCACAACUUUUACAGAUUGAGAUACUAGGAGUUUCUCUUCCUUGGAGGGGGAUCUUCUCGGAGGAAGGUGUGGGGUGGAAUUUUAUUGAAGAAGUACGAAGGCACAAAAGCAGGUCGAACCCUUCUCUAUGUGGCUCCAGCAUUAAUCAUGUUACAAACCCGUCUCAUGAUUCAGAUAUCAGAAAUUUUAAGUGUAGGUCUACAUUCAAUGAAAGUGUCCUCCCAGUGGGUCAAAAUAUUUUCACCCAUGGAAGUUAUUCUCUAGUUGGAGAAUUCAAAUCCAUUCAUCCUACAACGCAAUCCAAUUUGACAAACAUACAAUAUGCCAUAUCUGGUGACAAGGAUUUAACAGAUUUACCUGGAAUCAGUGCAUCUGAUGAGUCACCAAAAACAGCAGAUCCCGCAAAUUCUCAGCAUGAAAAUCAGAUGCCUAAACACGGCAGUGGUACUCAGCAUUAUUUGGAUUGCUUUCCACGUCACUCUGAUAAGGUAUGCACUUUUUUUAUUUCUUUUCAUCUGCAUUCCAUGGAGUUCUAUUUGUUCUCUAGAAAAUUAUUAUUUGUGAAGAAAUCCUUUUGAAGGUAUUCUUAGCUAAUUAUUCUUGGGGUUUAUUGCCAUGGUUUCUGGAAGUUAAGGUAUUCUUAACUUAAGGACAGUAUUUAUUUUUGUGUGUCUAAUCAGAUUGAGGGUUGAUAUUAUCUGUUGAUUGCAUUUUAUUUAAGGGGAUUAUGCAACAUUGUUAACCUAUAGAUAAGUAAUGUUCUUAUCAUGAUUUCUUUUUGAUAAAUUCAAGGCAUAUAAUUAUUGUACAUAUAUUGUCUACAACUUAAAAUGCAGAUAGCAUAGCAGAGUUUUCCAGUGGUUAGACACACUUUGUCUACUUUACUCUUCUUAAAGCCUCAUCCCUAAGCUUUGUUAACUUUCAAUCAGUACAACAAUUGAACACUAGGGUGUUAGCUCACCUCUUCCAAAUUUCAUUGCUCUAAGUCAAUGUGGUGUUUCUCGCACUACAGCUUUAGGUGACCCCAAGCGUCUGUGAGGCAUGAUCCUUCAAUGAUCAAAAACUAAUCGCCAAUAGUCAGAUACAGUUGUUCUAACAACUAAUAAGCAUCCAAGUCGUUUUCUCUAUUUUGUCACAUAUCAUUAACAUUAUUGGGAUUGUAUUGUUCUUUGUAUUAGGUGAGUUGACUCUUUUUCCUAAACAAAAAAUAGACAAUUCUAUUUGCUUGUGAUGCCAUGGAAAGGGUUAGUAUAAUACUGCAAAGAAAAAAAUAUUUUUUCUAGAAAAAUAAUCAUUUUACCCUUUUCUAUUUUGUCAAUAUGAAAAUAUGAAUGAAUCCAAAAGCUAGCAGGAAGCAUUGUCCAAAAUUUUAUUGAAAACUUUGAAUUGAUGUGAAGUUUAAUAACUGGGAAGAAUCAAUCCAAGGCUCAAACACGUUGAUAUGAUCCUAUUCAUUGCCACAUCAGGUUCUCAAUCAAUAACCUGUACAAGUUGACUUUAUUUUCCGGCAGUUCCAGUGCAUUAUAUCUUUAACUGCAGGUCUUGCUGACAGCCAUCUCUGUAUCUCUUUGGAUGUAGAACGUUGGGAAACAUGGUCCAUUCUUGCCAGUUAGUAUGAGUCAACCUGAUACAGGAAAUAAUGCUAGUAAAUCUUUUUUCUUGCUAGCUACUUCGGGCCUUAGGCAUUAAAAAAAAAGUAUCAAAAAGUGUAGAUGCAAAAAGAAAAUCUCUGGCUCAUUCCAAAUGACUUAAAGGUUCACAUGAAGGAUGAGCUAUCAAAAUCAAAGCUCCCUUUCUAUGAGUCCAUUUCUUUUGGAGGGUACCAACAAAAGUAAAUUGUGUGGAGACAUUACUGUCGAAUAUCUCAUAAAUAGUGCACUGUCCAGAUUUUUUAUCUUUGUCCUACUAUCCUGGGUUCCAGGAUGUGUUGAUACUACUCAAAUGAAGACCUAGCCAAUUACAAGUAUGAACUCUUCCAUCUGAGAUCCUUCACGUUACUGUCCCCUGUUUUGAUGGAGAUGAGGAUCCCCAAUUCUGAGAUACCAUGUUGAACCUUGUUCCUGUCUCUAAUAAUAGAGAAGGGUGACUUUGGUAUUUAUCUGCAACCUUUAUUUCUCCUUCACUUCCACGAAUUAGACCUAAAAUAGGCAAGAAUUCUUCUGUGAGUAGGACAAUAGGUAGGCAAGGUGUCUAAUUUCUUUCUUCCUCUGAAUGUUGGGCACUAGAUCCCUCCUAACACACUACGGCCAAAAGCAUCUGUCAGUAUAGUGCUGUAAAAUCUUCUAGUAUCCUGACAAGUUGUUGAAAUUUUGUUUUAGCAUUCAGGUUUGACACAAGAAACCUAUCUUUAUAAAAUUAUGAGAAAAUAGUCUCGCUUGGGUGAGUCAUUUUGGGUCUACUAUGGAGUUUUCCCAUUAAACUUUUUCUGGGACCCUUAGAUCCUUGAAAUACAAAAUAUUGGCUCUCGAAUCACCAAGUGGUAUGUCCACAUUUUUUUAGCUAUUCUAGAAAUGAACAAACUAAAACUAUUCAAAAUAGUUCCACACGUUAUCUCUGGAAUUGUAGACUAGGAUGUGUUUAGCUUUUAGUCUGUAUACUAAUGAUACCUUGAAUCCUGUUGACAGGGACGUAGUUUAGACUUCGUGGAAGCUAUGAAGCUUGAGAUUGAACGGCUUAAGGCAAAUGUUUCUGCUGCUGAAAGAGAUAGAGCUUUGGUCGCAGUCGGCAUCAUUCCUGCUACUGUUGAUCCUAAUCGCUUACUUGAUGAUUCCUACUUGUUCAGAUUAUCCAAAUUAGCAGAUAGUCUCGCUUUUCUGGGACAUUCCGCCUUUGAGGACACUGUUAUUGGUUCAAUUGGUCUUGAUACCAUAGAAACUUGUAUUGACUUCUGGAACUUGCAUAUGUUCGAAGACACUUGCGUUGGUGCAGGUUGCGAAGUCUGCUAUGAAACAGAACAAAACGCAGGGUUGCCUAGUUCGGUAUCUUCUUGUCAAAGUAAGCCCUCGCUUUUUGUAUGCACUUUGUGUGGUAAGAAGGCUUGUAAAGUGUGUUGUGCUGGGAAAGGAGCUGCAUUACUUUCCGGCUUUAACUCGAAGGAAACAAAAAACUUACCUGGUCCUUCAAGCCAGAGUCCGCUAAGCCAUGGCCGUGGUGAAGUCAGUUUAUGUUUUUCAUCUAGGUCAGAUGGAUUUAUCUGCCGAUUGUGCUGUAAAGAGGAGGUUUCUCAUGCAUUGUAUGUGGAUUAUGUUAGGGUUUUGACUAGCUUGCGAAGACAAAAUCGUGCAAAUUUUGCAGCAUUUGAGGCGUUGAACCAGCUUGUCGGUUCUGAAACAAAUAAGUUUUCUCAUCAGUCCGAGAGGGCCAACAAUUGGUUGAGAAAUAUGUUGAAUGGAGAGGAAUCCCUGGCAGAGUUUCCCAAUGCGAGCCUACUACAUUCGGUAUUGUUCUCAAUCCUAAAAUUCUAACGUGUUAUCUGACAGCUUAUCUCAAAGCUAUAUUGUGUGUGAAUAAAUAUGGAUACAUAGAUAAUGUAUUUCUUAAUAUCAUCAUUUUCACUCCGACUUUUUAUCUGUUGUUUCUUUAUGAGUCUGUAAACCAAUUCUGCCUUAUUUUAUCUUGUGUUUGAUCCGGUAUUCUGCCCAGCAGGCAAGCUGACAAACACACUAAUGUUCCCCUCCACCCUUGGAAUAUCUUAUUUGCAUUUAUGUUUUAAAUUACAUUAUUUUUUAAUUUUCAAUUUAUAAAGGGUGCUCUAACAUCGUUCAAAAGUAGUGUACGUGUAAUACAUAGUUGGCAAUAAUUUGAACGAGAAAGAGGCCCUGAUAUUGAGUUAGAGGUUUUAUUUUUUCUGAAACUUUGGAAAACUCAGUUUCAGGAGAAUAAAAAUCGUGGAAAGGCGGAGAAAAGGGAUGUCAUUUGGAUUCAAACUGAGACAAUGAUAAAAGAAAUAUAAAAGGUUAUGGAAGUAUAAGAAGUGUAGUGCACAGUCCGAUGGAGAAAGAUAGGUGAACAGUUCAAUUAUGGCAAAAGUUUGUAUUGUCCGAAAAAGAUCUGACGCAAUAUGCAGACCCCAUUUCCACAUGAAAUUUUUUUAAAUUCCUUACUUCUCUCAUUCCGGCUGAGAUAUCCACUACACUAAAUGACGUACAUAAAAUGGCAUGAGAGCAUAAAAGGCUACCCAAACUCCUACAGAGACCAAAUUAGCCAAAUUUGGAGUUAAAUUGAUGAACCAAAAAUGAGAAUUAUCAAUACUGAUCCCAUAUUGUGAUUGUUCAGUGGUCAGCUUUAGUCUUAAUUUAGAAAAUGAUUCUCUACAGAAGCCAAGGCAUCUUUGCUCGUAUAUCAUGUUGUCAUAUUAGGAAAUGAAGCACUGUAUACAGUUGGUACCGAUUAGAAGACAAACACAUAGUAUUCAACUGAGUUAACUGAAAAAGACUGUCUUCUAUGCUAAUUUUUUCUCCUCCAUUGUAUUAUUCUAUGGUUUUCUCGCAAUAGUUUCUCAUCUGAUCCCACGUUUCUAUCAUGUGUUGUUUUAGAAAUGAUUUGAAGUGAUUUUGAACCCUUUAUUGGUUAUGUGACGACUGGAAGUGUCGUGAGAUUUGUUGAAACUGUCAUUGUACGCUUGGGGAGGGAAUGCUCAUUCCAGAAUGUGAAAGGAGAUAAAUAAACCCUUACAAAGCUCAGGCUUCAAAGUACUUGUACUUGUCUUCGUUAAUUAAUGGGUACAUGUCGUUUGUCAAUGUGGCUAGAAAUAUGAACAUUACCAGUUACUUUCUGAUUUUUUUCAGUUUACAUCAUCCCGUCCCAGAUUUGUCUCCUCUUAGACACAAAGUCACACUUUUCCAAGAGGUGUCAAUUGACAUUUAUUUAACGUUUACAAAAAGAUAUCUUAUAUGUUCUAUUGUCCUCAAGCUUGUGCAAAGGAAGGCAGGCAUUAUCUCAUAACUCGAAAAUGUACUGUAUGAUAUUUUGGUGAGAUCUGUAUCAUUUUUAAACCGCAUCUGGUUGAGCUUCUUAUUUAAACAACGAUGAUUUGAACAUUUAGUUGGUAUUUUAAGAUAUGUUUUACACAUGUGUGUGUCAUGGCAGAUCCAAACUGCAGCAGGCUCAGAACCACCAUUGUCGCUCCUCUGCCCAGUAGUUUUUGGGGAAUGGCAUUCUUAUUGGAAGGCGAUUCCUGGUUGCAAGAGUGUUGAGUUUCGCAUAGUUCUGGGGAGUCUGUCUGAUGUCUCCGGAAUCAUCCUGCUAGUUAGUUCAUGUGGCUAUUCAUCAUCCGACUGUCCACUGGUAAGCAUAUUUCACCUUUUGUAGUCCUUAUUUUCCCAUUGUUCAACGUACCAUUUACUGCUGUGAAAGGGUACCCAAGACUGGUAACAUGUUUUUUUAUAGGAGCCACCUCUUCCUCCAUGUCUGUCCUCUUGGCCCUCAGCGCUAACAGGGACAUAUAUCUUCUUCUUUUUUUACAUACAUCCCCUUCCUCCUUCGUCUAUGACUGUUGCCAUCAUUCUGCAUCGUCUGUGUCAUCCGUCCAACUUGGGAAACUUUUGGCUUUACUUUUUAAAUCCGAUGAUAUCACAUAUUUGCCUAAUAUUCACAUGCAGGUAAAGAUAUGGGCUGGAAAUAAAAUAAAGACGGAAGAGCGUUCCUGCAUGGGAGAAUGGGAUGUGCAAUCAUUAAUUGCAAUGUCCGAUAUUUAUGGACCUGAAACAUCUGGGACUGAUAGAGAUUCACCAAGGCAUAUUAAGUUCCAUUUUCAGAAUCCUGUUCGGUGCCGGAUCAUAUGGAUAAAGUUGACUCUUCCAAGUUCUGGGCCAGGUUCUGCAAAUUUGGCAAGAGAGUGCAAUCUUCUAUCUCUGGAUGGAUCCCUUUCCCAACCUCAUCAAGUCACUUCUCUCAGUGAUCCAUGCAUCCACGCCAAGCGCCUCAUAGUUUUCGGAAGCCGUGUGUUGAAAGAGUCACUGAUCGAUCCGCCAUCUGAGAACAUGAACACAAAUGCCCGGAUAGAGAGAUCUCCAAAGAUGUGGCGUUUCAGGGUGAGAAAUUGUUCACUCCAUGCGAGAACAACAGACCCCCAUGUUUUUGACUAAAUAUUUUUCCAUCUAAAUCGUUGCAGGUUCCAAUCGAAGCAGAAAGGCUAACUGGGAAUGACCUAGUCCUGGAGCAGUAUCUGCCAAUUGGUUCACCUCCAUUAGCAGGAUUUCGUCUGGAUGCUUUUAAUAUAAUAAAGCUAAGAAUAACCCAUUCACCAGUAUACAAGGACAUGGGCAUAUGGAACUCGUCUUUAACCUGUCUGGAAGACAGAUACAUACAUCCAGCGGUCUUGCAUAUGCAAGUCUCAGUUGUACAGGUGCCUAUGUUUCAUGAAUAUUCAUAUUGAUUAUUAUAGAAAUUAACAUUUCGGUAUAAAAAAUAAAAAAUAUUCAUCAAUUUUCAGUAUAUAAUGUAGAUUUUCUUUGCGCUUGAAAUGAAUUUCUGUGUCUGAGCUGCAACGCCCAGAAAUUAUUUUACAGCGACGGCUAGCAAUUUUCCAAGUUCGGAAAUUAUUUUACAGUUCUGAUUUCGUUCUUGUGAUCUUCCCAGGACUCCCGCAAUUGGGUUAUUGUCAAAGAAUAUCGCUUGCCAGAGGUACGACCAGGGACAGCAAUGUACUUUGACUUUCCGGGAGUUAUCCAGGCACAGGCUGUGGCUUUCAAACUGCUCGGUGACGUUGCUGCAUUUUCUGACGACCCAACCGAGGAGGAAUCGAGUCUCCGAUCACUUGCUGCAGGACUCUCCCUGUCAAACCGAAUCAAACCGUACUACUACGCCGACCCAAGUGAGGUUGGUAGGCUCGCGAGUUUCUCUGCAGUCUGA